AUGAAAAAGUAUACUGAGAAGGAUUUUGAUGAGAAAGUAGAGAAAGCAGUUGAUAAAGUAUUAACAAUUAUAUUUAACCUUAGUAUUUAAAUAAGAAGGCAUAAUAAUAAUUAUAAAAAGGGUAUUUUCAUCACCAUAAUGAAUGCAUAAUUGAUAAAUUGGUUGAGAAAGAAAAGUUGAUGACAAGCAUAGCUAACAUAUUUACAGAAGUGGCCAAGAUCACUUGUAAUAAAUUAGUAGAACCUAUAAAAUAAUAAAUUGAUUAAUUGGAGUCAGAUUUGGCUAAGAUUAAAGAACUUGUGAUAAAGAGUUUUAAUCAAGUAAAAUAUUAUUUUUCAUUCAGUUUACUCCAGUGAUGAGGAGUGUAGGAGUGUCAGAAAAAGUAAUUGAAAGUGGAAAAUAGAUAGAAAUUGAAGAAAUAGAUAGAGUAAGAAAAAAAUUACAAAACCAUGAUAAUAUGAUAAGUUUAUUAAUGGAUACUUAGUAAAAAUUAUAUAUUCUAUUAUAUCUUAGAGCAUAAUUGAAAUAAACCCUUUAGAUAUUUAACAAUUCUGAUGAUAUAUAAUAAAGUAUUACUAGUUGAUUAUCCUUUAGAGUUAUUAUCACAAUUUGAUGAUAAAAUUUAUUAACUCAAAUAAGAAUUAAAUGAUACUAAAGUAAAUGAUACUGUAAGAUAAGUUAAAGGUAUUUAGAUAUGAUGGAUUUAUUAGAGAAAUGUAAUGCUUGUUGGGUUGUUCUUGGUGAUGUUAAUGAAAGAGUAGAAAAAAUGUAGAAGUAUUUGGAUGAAUAAAUAGAAAAAAAGAAGUCAGGAAGAGGUUUAUUAUAAAAAGCUGCUUCAUAUAUCAAAGCAACAUGA